AUGAACCCCCUCGGGGCGAGAACACUGAGUCCAGUCGAAACGCCAUCCGACGGGUAUAUUGACGACCUGCCCCCGACGAUGUUCGCCAAGCUAGCACCUAGAAGCAACGGUCUUGUCAAUGCGCGUGAUGUCGAAGAUAUAUGGCGGAAUAAUUUCAUCGUGCUCAUGAUGAAUUUGUCUUCCCAUCUCAUCUUACCCGGGUGUCUCUGGCGACCUUAUGCUAUUUUGUUGCACAGAUAUUGUUCAGCCCCGAUCGAUGCUUUGGCGGCUCCUCAUUACUCACGACUUCUAUAG